AGUCCCUGCUUAAGUUUAGCAUCACCCAUACAUCAAAUGGCAUUCCAACUGGGACUCCGGCCUCCACUGGGUAAACAUUUCAAGAAUUUCAAUUCCUCAUUUUUUUCAGGUAAACCCAUUGGAAUUCGUAAGCUUCUCGCCGUUCGCCUCUGUGCUCUGGCCCCAAAAGAUGCCCAAAAGUUAGUGGUGGAAGUUAAAGAGAAGCUUGAAAAAGAAUGUAACAGUCUUCCAGCUGGAAAAAAUGGAAAAGAUGAUGAAGAGCUGAUUCUUUGGUUUUUGAAGGACAGAAGGUUUUCUGUUGAAGAGGCAGUGUCCAAAUUGACAAAAGCCAUAAGAUGGUAUCAUGAAUUUGGCGUAUCAGAACUUUCAGAAGAAUCAGUAAGAUCAGCAGCUGAAAGUGGGAAAGCCUAUGUGCAUGACUAUCUUGAUGUCAACAGCAGACCAGUACAAAUAGUAGAAGCAUCCAAGCAUUUCCCUGGGAAGCACGAUUUCCGUGAAGAUGAAAAAUUAUGUGUUUUCCUAGUUGAGAAGGCACUUAGUAAGCUUCCAGCUGGGAAAGAACAGAUACUUGUAAUAAUUGAUCUUCGAGGUUUUGGUACAGAAAAUGCAGAUCUCAGUUUGAUGUAUUCUACUACUACUAUCCAAGGAGGCUAAGCGAAGUCCUCUUCGUUGAUGCUCCUUUCAUAUUUCAGCCAAUUUGGCAGCUGGCCAAGCCCAUGUUGAAAUCAUAUGCUUCUUUGGUGAGAUUUUGCUCAGCAGAGGUGGCCAGAGAUGAGUACUUUACUGAUGAAACAGUUCCAGCCAACUUAAGGAAACGAUGAGCAUUUUGCAGACCAGGGGCUGAGAUCUUCUAAAUAUGGUGAAGAUGGUAGAAAGCUCCUCUUCUUAGAGGUCUAUGUGACAGAGUAAUAGUGGCAGCAUUCAUUACGUGCAACAGGAGAAUGAUCUGAGUCAAUCAUUUUCAGUGAUAGCAUUUAUUAACACAUAUGUACUAAAUGUGUAGAGGUGUGCCAAGAGAGUUUCUUUUUUUGUGAUGUGGCAAAAUAUUAUUGGACAAUUUGUGGUCGUCCUUGUCCGUGAGAAUUGAACGUGUUUGUGCAAAAAAAAAUUCCGAAUGGGAAUGUUAUUAUUGUAUUUUUAAAUGAAUGCUACAUGCCAUCACUUUCCUUGCAUCCGAUUGGACCCCUUUAGUAUUUCUGUUUUGGCUUUCCCAAGAUGUAUUGGGAGUUGAUUGUCAUCAUCGUAAUAAUUGUUCAGUUGACUAUAAGGGCAAUUGUAUUACAAUUUUGCCCUCCCAUCAUAUCUUUCUUACCGAUGACAACAAAUUCAUUUUGGUUUUACCGUUCUCUUCAUCCUUUUUGUGGUCAGAUCCAGAGGCAAAAUUCUAUUUACCUUUGGGUUGUAUUUGUAAAAAACACAUCCAUUACUGUUGACGGCUAUUGAAACUUGAAAGAAGCUGCCAGAUCUGACUGUAGCACUUUCUUUGUUCUGUCCAAAAACCCACCGCUGCAGCUAAAGCUAUGCAUUCUUGCCCGGAUUUUCUGCUCACACUCAUGCGUCUUCUUUGUUUUGCUCUUGUUGAUACAGAUUCGUCAGCUUUCUUCAUAUGUGGUUGCUGUAACGAGCUUUCUUUCUUCAUCAUCUUGUGUUAUAUAUUUGGAGCUUGUAUUGAUUCAGACCUCCAGUUGAUCUCAUCUCAAGCGGACUCUCAGGCAGACAGACACCCAAAAAGACUCCAACUUUCACUAAUAGCGACUAUCCGAAUGAUUGAUAUAGCAGUCAAUCUCACUGAUGGUAUGUUCAAAGGAAUAUACAACGGCAAGAAAUACCAUGUGGCAGAUAUUGUUGCAGUACUCAGCAGGGCUUGGAGCGCCGGUGUUGAUCGAAUUAUUGUAACUGGUGGAUUUCUAGAGGAAUCAAAAGAAGCUCUUGCUAUUGCUGAAACUGAUGCAAGACUUUUUUGCAUGGUUGAUGUGCACCCAACAAGAUGCAAAGAAUUUGAUGAGAGUGGGGAUCCCGAAAAGCAUUUUCAGUCUCUUCUCUCAUUGACUAAAGAGGGGGUUGAGAAAGGAAAGGUGGCUGCAAUUGGUGAAUGUGGACUGGACUAUGACAGGCUUGAUUGCUAAAAGAAUCCAAUGCCAGAUGAUUUGGGGAAGCGUAGGGGAAUCCAAUGCCAUAAACAUUGCUAAAAGAAUUGGCUUUGAUGAGAAGAUAAUUAACUGUGCCCAAGCAUGGAUAAACAAGUUGACCCCACAGAAGGUACAGAUGCAGAAAGAUUUGCUGCACCAGUGACUAAUGGAAGAAAGAAGUAGAUUAGAAAUUCAAGCAAAUAAAAGCUGCAUCUCUUCACUCGGAUAUUAUGAGCAUUUAUUAUGAGAUAAUAAAUGCAGCAGAUGACCUUGAAGGGCGUGAGACAGCUCUUGAGACCAAGGAGAGCCAACAGAUCCAACAGGAAUUGAAGGCUGUGAAGAAGGAAAUUUAAGAUAUAGUGCAUGAAUUUGAGAACCAACUUAAAAAUGCUGAUGCAGAUAAGUACAAUCUGCUGCUGAAGAAAGCAGAGUCUGCAAUUGCAUCCCUUGUUGAAGCUCAUCAGCCUACUGAUGGUCUUUCUAUUGGGAAUACGGACAGUAGGUUGUAUGUACCAGAGCCUGGUGAGCAAAUGUAUGUCAAGGGACUUGGGAAAAAGUUGGCUACUGUAAUUGAAGCACCUGGAGAUGAUGACAUGGUCCUUCUCCAACAUGGAAAAGUCUGAGUACAUGUGAAUAAACACAGUGUAGGAGCUCUUGCAAAUACUGGUAUUAGUGGUGGAACAGCUUCUAAUCAGUCAACUUUUGGGAACACACAUUAUUCAUCAACUUCUCAAUUUGGACAUAUCAUGGACAGUUGUUCUGAAAUUGGAUAUUAAUUGCGAGAGGAAACUAGUACUGCAUGUGGACAUUAGCUCUCGGCAUCAGUUAAACAGAAGACAAUGGGCAUUUUUUCUGCACAAUUGCCUAAAUGUUUUUCGUAUAUUUCAUAGCACAAUGCUCUCUAUUUGGGAAGCAAUGUGAUAAAUAGGUAUCAACAGACAACCUGCUACUGCUUUGUGGAAAGGCUUCUACAUUGCAUAGAUCAGCUGAUGCUUUUAACCAUUGACUGGAACAUAUAUUGCCCUGUAAUGUUUGUUUACCUCCAAAGCCAACAGUUAAACAUCCUUGCGUGCUUCACCUAAUUAUGAUUAGCUUGCUUUAUGUCAAUUAAUCGUUCUAUAUUGGAAAGUUAAGACACUAAAUGUGUUUCUUAUGGAACCGGAGGGACUGAAUUGGUGCAAAAUCCAACUAUUAGGUACUAAAAGUUAUUAGA